AUGGUAAGGCAUACAUCCAUAGCUGACUACCUUGCAAACAAUGGGUACAUGGAGACAUUGGAGAUGUUCAAGCGAGAGGCAGCACUUCCCGGCGAUACCGAUGGAAGAUUCUCCGGUCUCCUUGAGAAACGCUGGACUGCCAUCCUUCGGAUGUCAAAGAAGAUUAUGGAAUUGGAGGCUCAGGUGGAAACUCUGACCAACGAACUGCGGGUGGGUGGACCCCCACGGGACAAGCGAUCCGCCGACGAGUGGAUCCCUCGACCUCCCGAGAAGUUCUGCCUCACCGGUCAUCGUGCACCCGUGACCAAGGUGCUCUUCCAUCCUGUGUUCAGCAUUUUUGCAUCUGCAAGUGAAGAUGCCACUAUCAAGAUCUGGGAUUAUGAAAUGGGAGACUAUGAGCGAACUCUCAAGGGUCACACAGCUAAUGUCCAAGACCUUGCAUUUGACCACACAGGGAAAUGGCUAGCAUCCUGUAGUGCCGAUAUGACCAUAAAACUAUGGGACAUGCAAACAUUCGAGUGUCUGCGGACGUUGCGUGGGCAUGACCACAGUGUCUCCAGUGUGGACUUCAUGCCCUCUGGAGACUACAUCAUAUCUGCUUCCAGGGACAAGACACUCAAAAUGUGGGAGGUUGCCACUGGGUACUGCGUGAAAACUUUCACUGGACAUCGGGAAUGGAUUCGAAUGGUGCGAGUGAACUCGGACGGUUCCCUCAUUGCCUCCUGCUCCAAUGACCAGACGGUGCGAGUCUGGAUCACUUCUACACGGGAAUGCAAGGCCGAGUUACGGGAACAUGAACACGUGGUGGAGUGCCUAACGUGGGCUCCAGAGUCCUCACACAAGAGCAUCGAUGAGGGAGCCAGGCAGGCCGAGGCUGGGGAUGGGCGAUCCGGGGGGCGGUCCGGCCCCUUCCUCUUGUCUGGUUCUCGUGACAAGACCAUCAAGGUAUGGGAUAUCAGUGUGAGUUUGUGCCUCUACACACUGGCUGGGCAUGACAACUGGGUGAGGGGCCUGGUGUGCCACCCGGGCGGGAAGUACCUGCUCAGUGCCAGCGAUGACAAGACCAUUCGAGUGUGGGAUCUCGCUCAACGACGUUGCGUCCGCACCCAGGAGGCCCACGGGCACUUUUGCAUCACAAUCGACAUGCACAAAUCGUCGCCCUAUGUCCUGACGGGAAGCGUGGACCAGUCCAUAAAACUUUGGUUCAUCCCUAAUGUAAGAGCAUGUCUUGCCGGUAGAUCUGAUUUGGUGGUAGAAAUAACCAUGGACAAGCUGUGCGGCUAUUCAGAAAGCGAAGAUGGAAGUGACAUGGACAUCUCUGAUGAUGACCAGCCGCAGUCACCUAACAAAGCGGAUGAGAGCUGGCCCUGCCGAGACCCCGGUCGCAGCAGUCGAGAACGUGCCGACGAUCGUCGCCGGGUGCGGCGACGCGGCUCGAGCUCCGAUGAGGAUUCAAACAGACGCCUGAGCCGGGAUAGAAGUCGAGAGCGGAGGGAUCGCGAUCGUCAUCGCAGCUCCAGCCGGGACCGGAAGAGGAGACCUGGCGAUCGGAGACAGGAUCGUCGCCGCAGACGUUCUCGCAGCCAGGAUAGGAGGCGGAGUCGUGAUCGGGACCGAUCUCCUCAGCGUCGAUCUCCCUCCCCCAGACGUUCACAAUCCCAAAGCAAGGGCAAGGCUGCUGAUGAUCACAAAGGUCCAAGUGAGCCGAGGAAGUUUGGACCAAAGGCAACGCCCGAGGAUCUGGCAGCUGUGUCGGCUGCCACGAAAGCAGCUGUGAUGGCAGGCGCCCUUGCCAUGGGCGGCAGGGCGAAUCUCGGAGAGCAGGUGGACCCCAGCCAUCACAUGCUGAAGGCAGCUGAGGAUCAGGUGAACCGGGUCAAGGCCAUGACUGGCAUUGAGCUCCCCAAGUAUUACAAUCCCCUCGCAAUGAACCCUCUCAAGUACGCUGAGCAGGAGAAGAAAAAGAAGCUCCUGUGGGGGAAGAAGGAAACAGGAGAGGCAUCAACAUCUGUGAAAGUUUGGAAAAACAUGUCAUUCGCUCAAGACCAGGAUGGGAAGAUGACAGCCAAGUUCAAGAAGCUCAUGGGCAUCAAGGAUCCUAGUGGCUCUGGAGAAUCCCGGGAACCCGAACCGGCAAAAGCAUCAGAGGAACUCCUGAAGAAGCAGGCAGAGUUGUUCGAGAAUCUGGAUCAGCAGUACGAAAUGGCACGCAUGUCCACGCACACGCACCGUGGCGUCGGACUGGGGUACUCCUCUGCCGUCCCUUCGGGACUGUACUGCCCUCCGAGGACACUCCCACCGCAAAGGAGUUUUGACCAGUCAAGUGCAGCACUUGAGCAAGUGUGCCUUUGCUACGCCGAGGCACUGAAAGCUCGAUUCAGGAAGGAUGGAGGGAGCCAACAGCCUGAGUGCCUACCGUGGCAAGGCCUCCUUCGAUGUCGACCGCCUCCGCAGAACUUUCGAACCCGAGGCCGUCACCCAGCUCAAGGUUCAUCAUACAUAGAUACCCUGAAAUUGUUUCCAGCAGUCUCCAGCUCUGGUUUUCAAAAUCAUGGUGGGUCAAAGUCAGGGAGAAAAAUGUGGGAGACAAUGGAGCGGGACCCAGUGUUUGCCCGUCCGAAGAAUGAGGAGAGCCUGGAGGAGAUGCGGGCGAGGACAUUCCGCUGCCUGAAGCGGAUACGUGAGUACAACUUCCUCCCCGAAAACGAGGCUUACCGAUGUCCCCAAUUGAUCAUUGGGUACGUCGUGGCGAUGGGGUUGUACGACUGGUCCCUGCUGGCUCGCAAGUUCCUCGCCGGGGAGUUCUUCAUCUCGGCCCUGAAGGGCCAGGGCACCAAGCGGCACGAGGAGUUUGCCCGCCGCACCACCAACUUCGAGGUGCUAGGAUGCUUCGCACUGACAGAGCUGAGCCACGGGAGCAACGUGAGGAGCAUGCGGACGGAGGCACGGUACGACCCGAAGACACAGGAGUUUGUCCUUCACACCCCCGACCACGAAGCCGCCAAGUGUUGGGUUGGAAACAUGGGGAACACAGCAACUCACGCUCUUGUGUUUGCCCAGUUGUACACCCCUGACAAUGUGUGCCAUGGUCUGCAUGCAUUUGUUGUGCCUCUUCGUGACAUGCAGACCCUGCUUCCCCUCCCUGGUGUCUCUGUCGGUGACAUGGGCCCCAAACUCGGUCUCAAUGGCAUCGACAACGGGUUUCUGGAGAUGAAAGGAGUGCGCAUUCCCAGAGAGAACCUGCUGAACAGAGUCGGCGAUGUGACUCCCGAGGGGAUGUACGUUUCUCCAUUCAAGAACCCUGGACAGCGCUUUGGGGCAACUCUGGGGAACCUGUCCCUGGGACGAGUGGCAAUCGUGUGGAUGGCUACGGCUAACCUGCAGAAGGCCCUCACCAUUGCGAUCCGCUAUUCCUGUGCCCGCAAGCAGUUCGGUCCCCAGUCUCAUGUAGAGGUCCCAGUCUGGGAGUAUCAGCUUCAGAGGUGGCGGUUGCUACGUUACCUGUCGGCAACAUAUGCCCUGCAGGCAUUUGGGAGCAGCUUCUUUGAUGACUUCAUGGAGUUCCAGCUUCAGCUCAUGACUGGGUCUUCAUCCAAGGAACAACUUACACAAAUGGGAGCUGAGCUACAUGGGAUUUCAUCAGCGGGCAAGCCAUUGGCAAGCUGGUGGGCUCAGGAUGCGAUCCAAGAAUGCCGUGAGGCCUGUGGGGGGCACGGCUACCUCCGGGCGGCCGGAAUCGGGAUCCUUCGGGAGGACAACGAUGGCAACUGCACAUAUGAGGGGGACAACAACGUCCUUCUUCAACAGACGUCCAAUUUCCUUCUCCUCGUUUGGGAGGGUAUCCAGCAGGGUCAGAAGAAUGUGCCUCUCCCCACUUCUGUGGCCUUUCUCUCUCGUGCUCCCAAGAUCAAGGUGGAGACUUUCUGCCCCAAGGAUUUUGCUCAACCUCAUCUCUGUGCUGUUGGAGUGCGAAAGGCAUACGAGUGGCUGGUGGUGCAGCUGCUGGAGAAGAGUGAGAGGCAGCUAGCCUCGGGUGGAGAACGGGAUGCGUUCUGGGCGCGGUCCAACUCCCAGGUCUAUGGGCUACAUGAUGCUGCCCUGGCCUUCAUUGAGGGUGAGGUGAUGCGACGAUUCGCGGAGCGAAUCCAGAAUUCGGGAGCAGGAGGAAACGAGUUGCUCGUCCUUCGACGCCUCGAAUCCCUCUUUGCCCUCACCUGCCUUGAGCGGCACCUUGCCACCCUAUUUCAAGGUGGAUACUGCAGAAAGGAGGAGGAUCCCGAAGGACUGAUCCAGCGGAACAUCCUUCGUCUGUGUGACGAACUCAAGGAUGAUGCAGCUGCCUUGGUUGAUGUCUUUGGCAUUCCAGACUUUGCCCUCAACUCUUGUCUGGGCAAUGCAGAUGGCAAAAUAUAUGAGCACAUCUACAAUUCAUACCUGCAGUUUCCAGGAGUGUUCUCACGUCCCAGUUACUGGAAGGAGGUCACUCAGCCCCGGGCUCGUCUGUAAAGCCGACUCGUUGUCCGCAUCGUGUUUCAUCUGGCAUUCCUCUGUGAUCCGUCUCUGUGACAGAUUUUUAUUCUUGACAUUGAUAUUUCUAUUCGGAUCGGUGCAUUAUAUCCGUCCGGUGUUGAUAUUUCUAUUCGGAUCGGUGCAUUAUAUCCGUCCGGUGUUCUUUUUUAUAGAAGGGGAGACUCUUGAUUAGAAUGACUUUGGGGAUAUGAACAUUCUAUUUUGCCUCGGGAAUCUAUGCAUUUUCGUGUCUUCCUUGUCCUGUGAUAUAUGUGAUGAGGUUCUGGAGGAGUAUUCAAUAAAUCUACUUAAUAUUUCAG